CUUCCUCGUCGAUCCUCUAAUCGGAGGCAAGGUAGCUGCUUUCAUCCACGCUUUACUGUCCGAUCGCUCUUUCAGGGUUCGACUGGGAUCGACGCUGAGCUCCACACGUCCUCAAAACCUCGGUCUACCUCAAGGCAGUACCCUGAGCCCCCUGCUCUUCAACCUCCUCAUGGCUGGACUCCCCAAGGCCCUACCAGCGACAACACCUGCUCGUGGACCAACGGCAAGGGCCCCUGGAAAGUGAGGGAGACCAUCCAAAAGGGCGUGGAUCCUACGACAGAAUACAUCCGUAGCCUCGGACACACCGUUAGCCGAAAAGACCAAGGUCAUGCUCGUUGGACCCAGGGCAAACUGGCGUAGCCUGCGCGAACCGAUCCUGAUGAAAAACACCACUGGAAUAUGUACGUGUCCACCGUUUUCUCGGAGUAACCUUGCAUUCCAGAUCUUCCUGGGCGCCACUCGUCAAGGACCUCCAGACCACAUGCAAGACAACCCUGAACGUGACCAAGCGACUCAGCGGACGGCACUCCGGCUGCCCCCAGAGGACUCUCCUGGCCAUCCACAACGCAACCACGGCCGCACGGAUCCUGUUUGGACUUCCCUACGCCAAGCCCAGCAGAACAGCGCCGGAAUCCCUGAAACUGCCCCACCAUCACGGAAUGAAGCUGGCUGUCGGACUCCCACCUGGGGCGCUGAACGUCGCCGUGUACGCCGAGGCUGCCGCUCUCCUCCUCCAACUUCGUGCCACCAAACACCUGCUGAACCAGCUCACCCGACUGAACAGGACAACAACCGGAAGGGCUCUACUGCAGCGUCUAAGGGACCAACAUCGGAGCCGUUUUUCGUGCACUCUUUUCACGCAAGACCAGCUGUUCCAGCCCAUCCCACCAGUCCCAAGCACGGAUGCUCCAUGGAGGCUCCUCGAGACCACCAUCCACGCAACAUUACCAGGCCUGCCACGGAAAAAGGAGAUACCAGACGCGGUGGCACAGUUCCUUGCCACCUUCAUGAGAGUGCACAAGAGAAGCUGCAUCACCUCCCGGCGUCCGGCCACUGCGUCUCACUACAGCGGAUCCCAUCCCACAAAGGCAUCCCCGCCAACGAGAUGGCAGACGCCCUGAGGAAGCAGGCCACAACCAUGACCCUGGUCCACAAGGCACCUCCCACCCAGUCAGGCUAAGAAGACCAUGGCCCUCCACGUGCGCAGUUUCCACCCGGACAAGCUCACUGCGGAAGGGAUAGCACCUCCACCCUGCAACACAGCUGUCCUAUCCAGGGACGAGGCUGCUGCUGAGGCUCCGAACGUACGGGCGUACGGCUUCACGAUCGCCCAGAUCGACCACCCACGCUGCGCACCUGCGGAGUCCAGGAGAGCGUUGCUCACCUAAUUACCCGCUGUAGAGAGACUGCUUCUUAGAGAGAACUUAUUUUGCAGAACCUGAUCAGCGCCCACAUCACCGACCACAGCCAGGUUAACCUGAUCUACCACAUGGCCCACGACACCAGCGCCGACGUAUACAGAGGGAGCUGCUGGAGUUCUUGAGCUCUACCGUCCUGGACACCCACCUGUAGCUGCCGUCGCCACCCUCCAGUCUUCUACAGCCUGACACUACCUAGGGCAGCUUAGGGCCCCCAGGAAAUGGCAAGAGCCACAAAGCCACCCUUGGCCCUCCGAGAUCUUUCAGGACCAGCUGCGGAAACCUCGGACCCUUCCCACCCACUCCAUCACCUUUCUCUCCUUUUUCUCUCACUUUCCUUCAUUCCCUCUCCCAUCCCUUUCCCAGCGGGUGAAACUUGCCGUCGGUUUUGAGAGGCAGACCUCUCUGUCUUCCUUUGUGCCA